UAUGGAUACAUGUUAAAAUUCACAUUAUGAGAGGCAAGUCCAUCUGCAUUACAAAAGUAAACUUUAUUGUUGUUACUUAUUAGACUCUCUCUUUCCAUAAGGCAAUUGCAGAGACAACAAUCACUGCAAAAUACAAAGAGCAACAAAGACAGAGAUAGAGAAAAAAAAGUUUUUAAAAAAAAAACAUAUACACACACAAACAAAGAGAAAGAGAACAAAAAAAAAAUUUCAUUUGUUGAAGUGAAAAGGAUAGCUGAUGAGAGGCUUUGCAACCUUUUCCGACCUGCAAUUCUAUGAGACUCAGAAGCCAAUUGCGACAAAAGAAGGAGGUGGAUGAACAGAUGAGAUGGUUACACGUUUCAAUUUUUGAACCAUUUGUUAGAAUACUCCAAUGUCUCAAGAGUAUCAUCACCAAGGUCUUGCCUCGAAUGAAUUCGAGAGGCCUCAAGACCAACACCACCACCAGCAACAACAUAUUGGCCAACAGAUCCAACAGGAAAAAUUAAGAGUAGAACAAGGGUUCGAGCCACCAGGAGGAGAAUCAAGUGGAAUCCAAGUUUAUGAGACAGCCGGGAUGUUGUCUGAAAUGUUCAAUUUUCAGACAACGUCCACGGCUGCUGUGACUGCAACUGAGUUGUUGCAGGAUCAAUUGUCACAUUCGAAUCAACAACCACAUCAUCAACCGUGGUUUGGUAACAGACAAGAGACUGUAGUUGGUGGAAGUUUGCAGGUACCAUUUGGAGAUAACACAAAAGAUGAUAUGAAUGCAAAGGUGUUGAGUAACCGUGAUAGUGUGAUUGCUUAUUAUCAGCAUCAGCACAAUCAAGUACCAAGUAUAAGUACCACGGAGUCCAUGCAACUUUUUCUUAUGAAUCCACAACCAAAUUCACCAUCACAAUUAUCUACUCCUUCAACUCUUCAUCAAGGGUUUUCUAGCCCGGUCGGAGGGCAUUUUAGUCAAUUCAUGUGUGGAGGAGCAAGUACUUCUUCAAAUCCAAUUGGAGGAGUAAAUGUGCUUGAUCAAGGGCAAGGUCUUUCAUUGUCCUUAUCAUCUACUUUACAACAUUUGGAAGCAUCCAAAGUGGAGGAUUUGAGGAUGAGUAGUGGAGGAGAAAUGUUGUUUUUCAAUCAAGAAAGUCAAAAUCAUCAUAAUAUUGGUUUUGGGUCAUCACUAGGACUAGUCAAUGUGUUGAGGAAUUCAAAAUAUGUCAAAGCUACACAAGAGUUGUUAGAAGAGUUUUGUUGUGUUGGGAAGGGUCAAUUGUUCAAGAAAAUCAACAAAGUUUCUAGGAAUGUUACAUCACCCACUAUUAACCCUAGUGGAAGUAAUAACAAUAAUUCAUCUUCUUCAAAGGAUAUUAUCCCUCCUAAUUUGUCAACUGCAGAUAGACUUGAUCAUCAAAGAAGGAAGGUCAAACUUUUAUCCAUGAUUGAUGAGGUAGACAAAAGAUACAACCAUUAUUGUGAACAAAUGCAGAUGGUUGUAAACUCAUUUGAUUUAGUCAUGGGAUUUGGAGCUGCAGUUCCUUACACGUCACUAGCACAUAGAGCCAUGUCUAGGCAUUUCAAGUGUUUAAAAGAUGGGGUGGCGGCGCAAUUGAAGAAGACAUGUGAGGCAUUAGGUGAAAAAGAUGGAAGCAAUACUACUAGUUCAGGACUGACUAAAGGAGAAACACCAAGGCUUAAGUUGCUUGAACAAAAUUUGAGACAACAAAGAGCUUUUCAACAAAUGGGAAUUAGGAUGGAACAAGAAGCUUGGAGACCACAAAGAGGAUUGCCUGAACGAUCUGUCAAUAUUUUAAGAGCUUGGCUUUUCGAACAUUUUCUACAUCCGUAUCCAAGUGAUGCAGAUAAGCAUCUUUUGGCACGACAGACCGGUCUCUCCAAAAACCAGGUAGCAAACUGGUUCAUAAAUGCUAGGGUAAGAUUGUGGAAACCCAUGGUAGAAGAAAUGUAUCAAAGAGAGGCUAAUGAAGAUGAUGACAUGAACAGUAGAAACACACAAACACCAACGCCUGAUAUUAUUAUUACUACAACCAAUUCUAACAUUACAGAAACAAAAUCAGCUGCAACUGCUUCAGACAAAAUCAAUGCCUCUGAAAAUGACCCUUCAAUGAAUACACAUUAUUCAUCCUCUGUGCCAACUCAAUUAAACAAUUCUCCGACUAUUCAAGAUGAGUCCGACCACAUCUUAUCCCACCGCAGCGGAGCCGAAUACGGGACCACUGAUAUUGGAUCCAAAAUGAUGACAUUUGGGACCACCACGGCUGGUGAUGUUUCUCUUACUUUAGGACUGGGAAAUUUACCUGAGAAUACUCAUUUUAACAAUUAAUUAAACUAGUUUAUUCCAAUGAUACUACAUAAAUUAUCAUAUAUAGUCACAUAACUAAUUUACAUGCA